AUGGUGACUGAUAAUGCUGCAAAUUAUGUUGCUACUGGCAAGUUAUUGAUGGAAGAAUUUCCUUCAAUAUUUUGGUCUCCUUGUGCUGCUCAUUGCAUCAACCUCAUACUCCAGGACAUUGGUAAAUUGCAGUCAGUUUGUUGUGUUGUUGAGCAUGCUUCUGGUAUCACAAAGUAUAUUUAUAAUCAUUGUUAUCCAUUGUAUUUGAUGAGGAAGUUCAUUGGAGGAAAAGAAAUACUUCAUCCAGCUCCUACUCGUUUUGCUACCAAUUUCAUUGCAUUGCAAAGCAUUUUAGCUCACAAAGAUGAGUUGAGAGCUAUGGUGACAUCUAGGGAAUGGGUCUCAUCUGCUUAUGAUAAAGAUAGCAAAGGAAAAAAAUUUGUUGAGAGUGUGCUAGACUCUCUGUUUUGGGAAGAAUGUGCAAUAAUUGUGCGAAUGAGUGAGCCUUUAAUUCGAGUUCUACGAAUGGUUGAUGGUGAUGAUAGACCUUCGAUGGGAUAUUUGUAUGAUGCUAUUCAUCAUGCAAAAGAAGAAAUGAUGAGGAGAUUUCAAAAGAGAAAGGCUAGAGUGAAACCUUUCAUAGACAUUAUUAGUAAUCAGUGGGAUGGACAAUUUUAUAGAAAUCUUUAUGCAGUGGCAUUUUGGUUGAAUCCUCGAUUUCAAUAUGAUGCAAAUAUAAUGGAUAAACAUAUGAGCACCAUUUCUGGACUUCUAGAUGUUCUUGAGAAGUAUGCACAUGGAAAUCUAUCAUUGCAAAGUAAGAUUACAAGUGAGAUGAAGUUGUUUAGGAAUGCUAAACAUGACUUUGGUCGAGUGUCUGCAAUAAAUAAUCGCACCCUUAUGCCUCCAGAUGAUUGUGACGAUGAAGUUUCAAAGGAGCAUGCUGAUGAUUUAUUAGGUGUUGACGAGAUUGGCUCAAUUCCAUCGACAUUUAAUCCAAAUUUUGCUCCUAUGGACACAGAAGAACUUAAUGUGUUCAUUCAACAAAAGUGA